AUACAAUUAACGUGGCGCCCACCAAUCUCAUCCUCUGUCAAUUGCUCCCCUCACGAUGGCGAAAAUGACCCAAAUCUGCGCGGCGCUGGCGCUGGCCACAGCCAUGCUGACUAGCUCCACGACGGCGGAGAAGAAAGCCGACGAUGAGCUUGUCUUGGGGCUAUUCACUCCUCAGUGCUUUGAGGCGUUUGCCACUCACCACGACUUCGGCAACGUGGAGUGUAUUAAAUCUGUGAUCAGCAAGGCGUUGAGCUAUGCGAUCAUCACUGGCAGCCUCAUCCUCAAGCUGCCACAGAUCCUCAAGAUCCUGAGCGCCAAGGAUGUCACUGGCCUCACGCCCAGUGCGUUCUACAUGGAAGUAGUGCUCUACCUGUCCAACACCAUCUACAAUGUGCUGCGCGGCUACCCUCUGUCGACAUGGGGCGAGAAUAUGGUGAUCCUGGCGCAGAAUAUCAUCCUGGUAUUGCUACUCUGGUCGUUCUACACGCCCAAGAUCCCUAUGUCCACGCGAUUCAGCCUCGUAUUGGUGUUCGCUGCCAUGGCGGCUGGUAUGUUCUCCAUUCCCGAUGAGCACCAGUGGCUCCUGGCGUCCGCGGGAAUUCCUGUGAGUAUCGUGGCUCGCAUCCCGCAGAUUUUAUCAAACUUCAAGCAGGGCCACACGGGUCAGUUGGCGUUGAUCACACUGGUGCUCAACUUGGCCGGCUCCAUCGCUCGGUUGUUCACGACUAUGCAGGAGACGGGCGAUCCAGUGCAAGUGGCGGGCUUUGGUGUGGCUAUCCUGCUCAACGGCACCCUGGUACUGCAGGUGUUGCUGUUCUGGGGAGCUACCAACAAGGCGUUGGCUCAGGCGACCAAGAAGAAGGAAAACUAGAGGAGCAUUCGAUGGCUCAAGCCGCUGCUUUGGCGGCUGCCGGCGUGUUAUUCUGUAACAAACCGUGCUGCUGGCUAUCCUUCUCUUCCACGUCUUCGUCCUGCACACUUUCGUCAUCAUCGUCUUCUUCUUGUUCCUGCUUCAGCCUGUUGAUCUUCUGUUCUUGCGAACUGAUUCUCUUCUUGGGCUUUGGUUGGUUGAAAAUCGGCGGGUAGUCUAGUGUGUUGAUGAACGUGAUGGUCUUGGGUGCUCCGAGUUUACUGUAAUACCUCACCAUGCUGCCUGUAAAGGGGGCUUUAGGGGCGACACUCUCGGCCUUCUUCUCCUCUUCCAGCUGCUCCAAUCGCUGCAGCGACUGCGUGUUCUCCACUUCGGUCCUCACAGCUUCAGCAAUUAGCUGCGCCUGUGUCAAUCGAUUACCAGUUUUCUCCACUACCGGCUUCUUGUUCUUUGCCGCUAACUUCGCUGCUUCAUGUGACGCUCGUCGUCUCAUUUCCGACGACUCCGACGACUUCCUGGCUGUCGACGACCGUACUGUCGGCGCUACAUACUCAAAUACUGGCGUUGUAGGUGCAGUAGUGGCUAAUGGGGUCUUUUGUACUGUGGAUGCUGCUUUCCGUUUAGCUGGACGAGGCUGGAUGGGCUCUUUGUAUCGUCCAGAACUCGUCGCCGAGCGUUUGCGCUUCGUAGGCUUCUCGUCCUCUUCAGCGUCGUGGAUUUCUUCAUCUGGUGCUUCUUCGUCGUCAAAAUCCGAGUCUACGAUGUCUUCCUCCUCUGUAGAUCCAUACAAAACAUCGAGUUCAGUGAGAAAAGAUAAUGAAAUAGUCUUGACAAUGCGAGAGAGUGGAUGGAUACCUGCUUCGGUGGAAUAGUCCUCGUCUUCGCCAUCUUCUUGCCACGCUGCUUGGCCCCAGAACGAUGCAUCUGCUUCAGCUUCUUCCCCAAUGAGCUUGUGGAUGCGGGUACCGCGAGAACUGCGCGCUGGCAGCACCUUGCGGGUCUCAGCGUCGCUCUGAGGACUGGGGCUGCGACGACGAGAAUUGCGCGGCAUCGAAGAUUAGUUGUAGUUGU